GCUUUUGUUCUGUUCCAACAGUCUUCGAAAGUUGGCGAGCUUUGGGCUCUGCCUCAUGCAUCAAGCGUUCCAAACAUGCCCUAGUAAGUCAUUGCAUCGACACGUGUUCAAGCUCUAUUCCCGUGUUACGAACAACAAAGGCGCCUUUGAAACCAUCUUUCACCUUGUGGUUGUGAUUGACGGGAUGUAAUGCCCAUGGAACAACCCUAAUCAUCCUCAAAACUUCACGAAAGUUCCACCAGAAAUCCAAGGUUAUCGCCGGCAUCUCCUUACAAGCAGGUACCACUGAUCGACCUCACUCCGACUCACCCAUCACCGUGUUUGCGGUUGCAAAUAAAACCGACGUAAGGCCGUCAUUGUUGCUUUUUGAAACGCACAGCGUAUAUUUGGUCCCCUGUAUAAAAGGUUUGGGUUUCUAGUAUUUUCAACACCAGCUCUCCUCUACGCCUUCGCGCUCUAGCUUAUUCUAAAUACACUCCAUAGCUCCAAGUCAUGUUCAAGUCUAUCAUCUCCCUCGCUCUCUUCGCUGGUGCUGCUCUGGCCCAGAAUAUUGCUAUUGCCCAACCGCCUCAAGGCGCCUCGGUGGCUCCAGGCAGCAAUAUGACUGUUCAGCUUAACAAGCCAAACUCUCUGUCUUCCUCUGAAGAAGUUGCUGUUGUCAUCGGCAUUCAGUCUUGCUCUAAAUCUGCCUGCUCCGCUCCUGCCGAUAUCUUGGGUGAAAUCUUGUACAACGGAGCUUACAACCCCGUGUAUCACGAGCCCCAGUUGCCUCCUUACCAAAACAUCUCCGUGACGAUCCCAGCUUCAUUCCCUAAUGGAACUGCCCAGAUCGGCAUUGUUCACGUGAAUCUGAUCGGCGCUGGUCCGAUGCCCAACCUCCAGACUCUGAACCAGACGAUCACGAUCACUUAAAUUAGGGAUACUGGCAACUUGAAGCAACGACUAAAAAUGAGGAUAUGGACAAUUUAGCAUGGGAUUUUCUUGAUUAUACUGGACAUUCUGAUAGGAUUACCUGACAUUACACGAUAUGGGACGUUAUUCACAAUGCACUUUACUUCAAUAGUUUUAGUUGAUAAUAUAUCGCUUAUUGGAUGAUCAAGU